CCAUUGUUACAUUGUAACAAACGGGGCCGGGGCGAAACGGGGGAGGAAAAGGCGUCUUCUCGUUACAACGUUUGCAACAUUUUAGGCACCGACCGGCUUAAAAAACCAAAAAACAAGCCAGUCUGCGUUAAUGCGAGAAGACUGCGAAGAAAGCAAAGCCCGACUGAACCCGCCCCGGUGAGAAAAAGGAUAAACCAACACAGAUGUCAGCGGAUUUCUCCAUCGCAAGCGUUUGCAGGGCUUAAAUCAGGAAGAUAAGACGUUUUUAGUCUGUUUACGUUAUUAACAUUGCACCGAACAAUGUUGGGGGAACAAAUCGCAGGCGACCAUACGACGUCCCUCUUCUUCUCCGCCGUCUGUCCUUUAAACUAGGGAGGCAUGCAACGUUUCAAUAAAACCCGCAGGUCUAACAGACAGCUCCUGCUCUCUUCGUGAUCUUUUCACUGUGCAGAACAAUGAGCGUGGAGUCUUAAAGUAGCCUCGUAUAGUCGAGAUAGACAUAAAAAAGUGUUGCAAAUUGACAGUCACGCAAAGCUUUUAAAAGCCAGAUCACUUUGGGGUCGCCGUUGCUCCACGGUUGCAGUCUGGAUAGUCGGUUUAAGGGGAUAUUCGGUUUUGGCACACACACACACACAUAAAAAAGAAAGGGAAAAAAAGAAAGAAAGGGGGCAUCUCAUAGGGCGUUAAAAGAUUGAUGUGCAGCUCACAUUGGGAAAGGGAAACGACCUACGAGUUGGUUGGAAUAAGGGUCCCUGUUUCUGCCCCAGACACCGAGUUUCCAUGGAGGCAGGUUCGUCCCUCAGCCUCAAACGAAGAUAUGAAGAGGUGGACAACAGCUCUCCAUUCUCUACACCUAAGGACUCCGACGAUGACAUCUCCAGCAGUGACAGCGCUGACAGCUGUGACAGCCUCAACCCUCCUUCCAGCACUGCAUUUACCCCAACCUCCAUCCUCAGACAGCACAAGCCGUCACCGGGGGGGAAACGGGUACGCUUCGAUGUGGUGACGGUGUAUUACUUCCCCCGGCGGCAGGGAUUCACCAGCGUGCCCAGCCAAGGGGGCAGCUCACUGGGCAUGGCCCGUCACCACUCCUCCAUCAGACACUACACGCUGGGCGAGUUUGCCCGCGAACAGGAAACGAGCCACCGGCACACGUUACGCCAGCACCUGCGCCAGGAGAAGCUCAAUGCCCGCAAGAUGAAGCUGACACGGAACGGCACGGUGGAGUGCACUCAGGCAGACCUGCUGACUCUGGAGGACGUAUCAGAUGAGGACCUCGACGUGGACGGGGUGGAGGUGGAUGACUGUUUCUUCCUUCAGCCACUGCCCACAAAGCGCCGCCGAGCCCUCCUCCGAGCCUCUGGCAUCGCCCGCAUAGAUGCGCGGGAGAAAGCUGAGCUCAGAGCCAUCCGCCUCUCGCGGGAGGAAUGUGGCUGUGACUGCCGCCUCUACUGCGACCCUCGCCACUGCGGCUGCAGCCAGGCUGGUAUUAAGUGCCAGGUGGAUCGAAUGUCCUUCCCAUGUGGCUGCUCCAGGGAUGGCUGCGGCAAUGUAGCAGGCCGCAUCGAGUUCAACCCUCUGCGUGUCAGAACUCACUACCUGCACACCAUCAUGAAGCUGGACCUGGAGAAGAGGAGGAUGCUGAUACAGGGGCCUGGGGACCAGUAUGGUGAAUCUGACCCAUUGUCCUCCCCCUCCUCCACUUGCCCCACUUCUCCGGACUUGUCUUCAGUCGCUGGCCUGGACUCUGAGCUCGAGGAGAACGAGGUGCAGACAGUGGUGGAGGUUCAGGAUCUCCUGGCAGAGCAGGACAUUCUGGAGCGAGAGAACGAGACAGCUGUGUUGCACCUGCAGAGCGCGGAGGAGCAGGAGAGGAGGGAGAGGGAGGAGGCAGAAGGGGAGGCAGUGCAGCAGGAGCUGGGUGCAGGAGGUCUCACAGAGCAGCCUCUCUGCCUCAUGCCUGGUGCCUUGGGAGGGGAGCUGCCCGAGCAGGCAGAAGUGCCAGGAGUGGAGCAGGUCCUUUUGCAGGGGCCGUUCCCCACAGGGGCCACGGUGCUGUGCAUCACUGACAACCAGGAGGAGAGCCCUUCUGACCUCCUCAAAGACUCCACCUCUCUGCUCUACUAUCAGCUCAGUCCCAUAGAGCCUGGAGCCUUUGAAACCCUGCCCAGAGCGGAGGAGGCUGAACAGGAGGAGCGCCUGGUGAGAGAACAAGAUUCAGGAGGAGACGAGUGUGUGGAGAGGAAACAAGAAGGAGGAGAGGAGUCGAAGAAUGAUAAGCCUGAAGAGACCACCUGCAGGCAGAGUUUGGGCAAGUCCUUGACCAAUGUGAUUCUGUGCUCAGAGGAAUAUGAGGAGGAGAGGCCCUCGAGUCCCCAGCUGAGCUUCCCUGAAGAGCGGUGCCAACGUGGGUCCUGCUUGGAGGGAGAAGUAGAUCCACUGCCUCCUGAAGUUUAAUUCUAGCUUCUCUGCAGAUAUUUUGCACAAUAGCUUCAUCUAAGAUGAAAAAUUACACAUUUCACCUUUAUUACUGCUAUCAUCAAGAAUGAUUACAGGUUGCAAUCUAUUGUAGUGACUGUCAUUGAUUUAGGUGGAGAAUGAGCUUGGGUAUUACAAUACAUGAGGAUGGGGGAGGGGGGUGCUGAAAGCACAUACAGAUCACUCCCCAAAUGUAAUAUGGAUGCAGUUACAAGGCAACAUUGUACGUAAUUCUGUUAGGGGUAAUGAAUGCGGCCUUAAUGGAAAAACAUAAAAACACUUGUGUGUAGGAGUCAUUUGUCGAUGAGAAAGUACAGCAAGUAGUGCUUUGUUAAUUUCCAACGCAGCAAACAGAAAAAAAAAAACAAUGUGUGAAUGCUGACAUAAGCCUUUUGUUUGGUAAUGUAUUAAGGUAUUAACACUAAACACAAAUUGUUUUGCAGUGUGCAAGAAGCUGGUGUAUUUAGAUACUUGCUGGCUCACUUUCCAUUACAGCAAACUUGUGCUGUAGUCAAGCCAAAUGAAGGCCUCUGAUAGCAUCCUCCGCUGAAAAUAGACCUAAUAAUCCUGGAAAUACUUGUUUUUGUGUACUGUAUAUGCAUUUGCAAAAGUGCAAGACAGAGCCGAGGUUGCUGCUUUCUUGAUCUGUAUGCACAUUGUGAACUGAGGGCAGCGAGUGUUGUGGCUCUGCUGUUAUGAAGGUAAACCAACACUGAGCAGCAGACUAGCACUGGCCUUAGUUGUUGCUCUUGCUCACCUUGAGCUGCUCGUGCAAAUGCAGUCGAUUUGUCAACAAAAACCUAGUUUACCUGUAGUUACAAUGCCUAUGAUAUUAUUAUUUCUUUGAGUAAUGUGUCUUUUGUGGAUUAGAUACUGUUGAUUUGAAGUCAUCACAGUCUUUUUUUUUCUUCUUUUUUUUUCUUUUUUUUGAGUGAAAGGACAUGUUAUUUCUUUCAUACUGCUACACUGUAAUGCCAUGUAGUCAGUCAUGUCACUAUGAAAUGCCAGAACAGACCCAUGUCGUCUCCUCUUUUAAUGAGUUAUACUGUAAGGAAGAGAUGAUUCUGGCUCGUGUCAAAUUUCAUAUUAAGAAGAUAGCAUUUAAAGAGUUAAAGAAAAUAACAGCCUGUGCUGUUGAAAGUAGUUAUACAAAAUGAUGUGAUGUUACUAAUUUAUGAAACAGAUUGACAACAACCUGAAUUUGUAUAUUUUAUGUUCAAUCUGUACAGUAUGUGUGUGUGUAUGAAUACUUUACAUCUGUGUGUCUAUGUGAGAGAGAACGUAGUAUGCAUCUGUGUAUGCAUGCACAUGUGUAUGUACUGUAUUAUGAAAAAGGGGGGAGGGUGGGAGUGUAUUAGUGAGGAUACAUAUUUUAUUCCUGAAAGGUGCUGAUGUUACAGAUUUACAAUUCACUGAUUUCUCUCCCUACCAUCAUGAGAAAUAUGAUUUCAUGGAGAUGUUUCUUGAUGACUGAUGUAAGAAGUAAAAGGGUUGGAGAGCCUCUUGUAGGAACGCAAUAGCUACUGCACUGCAAAUCAUUAAUGUGGCGGUUCUGGAACGAGGUGUUUUGUCAUUGAGUAUGUAAAUGCAAUCGUAUAACACUUCUGGUCUUUAAAUGUCUUUUUUAAGCUGUGUCUGAUUAAUACUGAUCUGCGUAAGUGUGCCGACUCUUCUUACACAAAAUCAGUCCUUUGUUUUGUUGCCUAAAAUUACAGCUGUUGCUUUCGGUAACACAGGAUGUGCUGCUGUGUAUGAGACGUCUGAUGUAUUUCUUUGCCUUUUUUUAUUGUCUUAAUAUAAAUCUACUUACGAGUUGCACCAAAGCAGUGGUUUCAAACCUAAUUAAACGAUGCUUUCAUCCAUCAGAUUUUAACAAAGCAGUCUCCUGUAGUUAUUGUGAGGCUGUAGAUUUAUCGUGGCCCUUUGUGUUCGCGUGACUUGCCUUGACAUAGUGCCAUCUUUGAAGUGAUGAUGAUUACAAGCUGCCUAUUGUUGAGCUUUUGUCCUUGGCUUUCUACUAAUAGACUUAGGUUUGGGAUCACUGCAUCAAAUCAACUCCACUACACUAUGUGAUUGUGUGCUUCUCUGUGCGAAAGGGGUGUGUGAUUGUUGAAAAGACCAACAAGUUUAGACUUCAUCUAAAAGCUGUGAGAGCUACUCUCAUGCUAACUGUUGCCUAAAGUGGACAAAAAGGUUUUUUAUACAAAAAUAAAAACAAUAAAACACUCAUUUUAAAAA